AUGCAUAAGUGCAAGUAUGAUGAGGGUCGGUGCACCCUCAUCAUACUUGACGAUGGAUCAGUGAUUUUAUGGGAACCGGAUAAGGAGGAAUCGUGUCAGUUUGUCCCCAUAGGCACCAUGAGCGGAUACCUUAUAGGACAGGUUUGGAUUAGUCAGUCUAAAGAGCUAGCAUUAUCCUGGGAAGAGGACCCUAAGACAGUGUGGGACUGCGGAAGUAAGCUUACCGUCACCGACCAAGGCUACGCAUUUACAGCUAAAGGCAAAGUGCGUCCUAGACGAGCAGUAGAAGCAGGAAUAGUCACAUCUAAUCAGCUGGCAGCUCAACUUCUAGCGGUAGAAGACUCAGCGCAAGAGUCGGCUUUGGCCCUCUUCCAGCAUUCUCUCUUGACAUUUUGCCAACGCGUGAAUAUAUUAGCAGCCACCUUCCAUUCCACCCUAGCUCGGAAUCCUACAAUAGUCAUUCGAAAACUCCUCGGUCGCUCCGACGUUUCGGCAACUUAUGUAGGAGACGAAGUGGUGCAACGACACUUGCUACGACAAACCCCGUAUGUCGCUCCAGCUACCCCAUGCCCAACUUUCGGAUUUUCUUGGUCCGGCUACGCGAGUAAUGCUUUCGGAAGCGAAUAA